AUGUCCCGCCUCCCCUACCCCGACUACCACACCCCGCACGCCAAAUCCCAUCCCACCCUCAACAUCAUCAAACUGCUGUCGCACAACCGCGACCGCGAGCUGGUGAUCAUGCUAACGACAGCCAAAUUCCAAUCGACCUACGAAUGGACCCACCAUGUGCCCGUGGCUAGAGUCACCAGAGCACAGCAGUCCGCGCUGGCAGCAUCAUCGAAACGGUUCAGCUACUUCAUCUACGGGAAACAUAGUCCCGAGGCGGGGUUCAACCCGAGAGAUCUUGCGCUCCUGACGUUUGUGGAAACCAUCAUCUAG